AGAUCUGGCCCAGAGUCUUCAAGCACCUAAUUAUUAUUUAUCUGUACAUUCAUAGUACCUAGGAGCCCACGUCAUGGACCAGGACUUCACUGUACAAACAGAACAAUAUGACAGUCCCUGCCCCACAAGAGACACCAGACAGGAGAAUACAAGGCAAGUACAAACUGAUGUUGCAUCUCACUUCCUUCACUGACAAUUAAAUUGAAGCUGAGGGCCACGCACCAGGAGGGCUUGCUACCUUAUCUGGAACGAGAAGUGGGAAACAGAUCACAGCUUUGUAUCAGUGGGUUCCAGGAAAAGGAGUUACGUAAGCACAGAAAUGCAUUGAAUUCUGUUUUGAAAAGUUGAAUUUAAGGUUAUUGUAGUCAGGGUUAAGAAUGCUAUGUGAAUUGUUUUUAUUCAUGCUGACAUGAGUGAAUUCACUGAGGUAUUAUGUUUGGAAAAGGAAAUGAUGCUAAACUUUUGUGAAUGAACCUUGACUUGGAAUUUCCUGCAUGUUGUGUUUCUGAUAUUUAAAGCCAGUUAACACAGAAUCAAUCAUGUGUUUGACUGUGUUCCUCAGAAGUGACAAACUAAUUACUGAGUUAUGCAGUUAAUUCAAACAGAAUGUCACAAGCUACAAGGGAUAGGAUCAGAAAUCAUUGACCUUGUCUAUACUUAAGCCUUGGCACUUUAACUAUUCUGGCAUAGCUAGAGCAACAAAAACACCUAGAUUAGAUGCAGUUCUACUGAUCGAAAAGUGCCUUUACUGGUGUAGCUCAUUCUGGUUCAGCAAAGUGAAGUAAACUAAAUGAGCGUAAAACACCUUACGCUGGUAUAAAUGCAUAUACAUGAGGGCUUUUACCAGAAUAAUUAUGCCAGCAAAUGACACCCCUAAACGACAUAGUUAUGCUGGUAAAAGUUUUAACUGCAGACUAGCUCUUAUUGUAGGGGAGCUGGACAAACUAGAGGUCCUGAAACCUCACAGAAAUCUGGGCCUUCACAUGAGCUCACUAUUCGACAGCUGCUGAGCUUGUGAUGACAAAGAGGCCUGAGUCUUGACAUCAGCCCACUAGACUGUAGCUGCUGAGGCAGUGGUGUCGCAGAAGCCUAUACAUGGACAAUUCACUCAGCAUGCUAGAUGAACCGAGCCAGUAACCUCACAGGGACCAGAGGUUUCUGAUCAGACGAGCAUUCUCGCAACACUAGCUGAGCUCAGUGAGCAUACACAGACUUGUGCCUUGACAUCAACCAGCAAACCACAGUUGCUAAGUAGGUACCAAAGGGGGAUCAUGGGAAAGUGCAACUCCCACUCCUCUUCUUUACUUCUGUUCAGUUUGGGGAAGCUCAGAUGCCUCACAAUUUUCCACCUGUGUUGUCUUCACUGUGUUGUCUAGUGAAAUGAAGACUCAUUGGGCAGGAGAAUCCAGGUUGGUGCUUGGCAGAGGAAUUUGUUUCAAAGCCUUUCCUACUAGGAGAUGGAAGAGCCCCAGAACCUGCUGGGAGAAGUUGAAUUCUCCAAUCUGGGAGUACCUUAUCUGCCUCCUUUUUACUGUAUUAUUAUUUGUCACCCUUCUGGUCCUCUCUCCUCUCCAGAGGACUGAGAGGGAAGAAGCCAUCUGCUUUUAGCUCUUCCUCCCAUCCUCUAAGUUUCCUCUUCAUUGCGGGCACCAAGAUAGGUGAUUUAGAACAAAAUUAUGUCCCCCAACACCAGUGGGAUCCAACUUUCUCAGCCUGAUGGCUGAACACAUUGUUUCCAAAAGGUCAGGGAUCACAAUCAAUAUGCUUUCUUGUAAAUUCUAUACAGAAAAAUUGUCCUACCUUAUCCUCCCCUUGCUUUGCUUGUCUCUCACUUGUUGAUUUCUGGCUGAAUUGGAAAUGUUGCCCAAUGCACCUUGGCUAAGUUCACAUAGGUGAGUCAUGACCAAUAUUUUAUUAUUAUUAUUAAUAGCUGAAAAUGUUUGUUCACAGAAGUAGUAAUUUCCAAAGCAACUGAUGCAGCAUUGAGUGAACUUACACAGCUGGUAAACAGUCACUUUUAGGUAAAAAUUUCCCAGAUGAAACAAGUUUGUAAGAAGACGACUUUGUUUCUGCCAAUCCACCAUACUUUUCCUUCAGUGCAGAAUUACACUUCAACACUAGUAUUUCCAUACGAAGGCUGGAGACUGCCUUGUUUCUUUUUAUCUUCUGCGGCAUACAGGAUAAUAUCUUUUUGAACAAACAUCACUUUCCAAAGAGAAGCCUUCAAAGCAGAAUUGAAACUUUUUUGUACCAUUUUCUUGUUAUGAUCAAAGUCCAUUUCAUGUUGUAAUAGUAAAUGCUUGAAAUGGUCAAUAUUCUUGUUUUGUAAAUGACUAAAAAAGAAGUUUAGUCUAAUUCUGAACGUUUCAUCAUCAUCAUUGGAGAGGUGAAGAAAAUAUCCCCUUCAUAUGAUUCAAGUGUGCGGUAGUAUUUGAGGAAUGCAAAAUCAUUCAAAUAGUCAUCAUCCUCUAAUACUUUCAGUUCCUCUAAUUCCCAUUUUUCUUUCAUAAGCUACAUGAUUAAUUUUUAAGAAACCCAAAUCAAGAGAGCACCUUUCACCUUUGGCAGCCCUCUCACUUUACAAUGUAUUAACAGUUCACCUCAACCAGCUUCUAUUUCUUCACUGACAUUGCCAAUUUCACUGAUUCUAGGCUUCUGCAUAUAUUCUGCCACAUUUGACGAUGACAAUUUUCUGUGAAUCUUGAAUACUUGCGAUGCAGACAUUUUUGAUGCAAAAUGCAAUGGUAUUUGGACAACAAACCACUGAGGAAUUUUUCCAAGAACACAUCCAGAAUGUCAGUCAGUAAUCGUUGGGGCUCCAUCGUUACAGAUGCUUCCAAAAUUAGACCAAUGCAGUAUAGCACAUUCAACAGAAACACUUAGUUCUUCAAACAAAUCUUCUCCUUUUGCUGUUCUGUGUUGCAAUUGUAGGUCAAGAGGUGCUUGGAUGACAUCAGAAAUGUUGUCAUUGCACCAUAUGAAAAUGUUGAACUGUCAUUUUGCAGACAAUACUUUUGUCGACUCUCAAUGAAAAAAAUGGCACAUUGACCGAAAUCAUUUGAUUUGCUCAGACACAUCUCGAGCCAUUUCAUCCAACAUCCUGAUUGUCUUACAAGAGAGAGCAAUUUCCUUAAACUGCAACUGCACUGAGGUGCUAUGUCCUUAAUUUGCUGCAGUCACGAGGCUUUAUUUCCCAACCUCUUCUUCAUCCAUAAAUCCAUGUUUCUUCUUAACCAAAAAUAAUGAAAUUUCCUGUGAAGCUUUUGUUCACAGAAACUUCUUGAUGAAUUUGAAGAAACUUCUUCCAUUUAAUUCCUUGUGGAAGUCUGACCCAAUUGAGUACUUAUCAUCACACGGUGUAUGGUUUGGCUUAUAACCAUAUUCUACACUGAGCAUCUGUGCUGUGGACACAUGUAGUCCACAAACGAGAUACAAGCUUCUUGCCCGGCGCACUUAUAAAAAAAAAAAACACUGCCCUUCCUACACAGGACUGAAAUCAUGGCUAAAUAAAUUGUCAUCUUAUUUUCAUUUGCCAGUGAUUUGUUUCUUGAAAGUCAUGCUUAAUCACUACUGCUCGCUAGUUCAGACAAUGCACCUUCCUGAUUCCAGUGACUUGCUGUCAGAUGUAUGGAACCAAAGCAAGCAUGUUAUAACACGGAUCUUUGGAAGAACGGAUUAGUUUUCGGGUGGUGUUGAAAAUUGGAUGUGUAGUUGUGCCGGCAGGGUGUGUACUUGGCAGAUAGAAUAAAAAAUAGAUAUCUCCCCAAAUUUAACUUUCAGACUGAGAAUCCUAUAGCUUGCCUGCAGGCUUCUUUCCGAGUGGGCUGUUGGUUCUCAGCUUCUUCUCUUUACUUAUCUCCUAGACUGCCCUGGCAGGGAGCCGUCCUUUGCCAGAUGCUCUCCUAGCCUCAGACAGAGUCACUUAAGCUCCCAAAUUCUCAUCCUGCUCUCCACGGAACUCUCUCAUCCCGGCGAGAAAGCAGGCACCGGUGUAGCCAGAACAACUUCUCUUCCACGUUGAUGUGGAAGAUGGCUGUAGGAAAGAGAUAGCAGCUGCUCAGAUCUGGCUGCUAACUCCUCCUGCAGUUGAAGGGGAAGAGGUUGCAGACAGCUGGGGAGGUGGCUCCCUAUACCACCUGUGCAUUGCAAUGGCCCUGAUUCAAACACUUGAGUUUAAAAAGAACUAUAUGGCUUAGGGAACACAUUUUCAAUUCAUAAUCAAACGAAAACAUAGAGACUUGUGGGCCUACGGGUUGGACACUCUUGUUCUCCACGGUCCCACAUUCUAUGUGUGAGCAGACACUCUGUUCGGGUGGCUGUGGUCUUGCUUGGGGACGUGGACUCCUUUCUGAUAAAUGUGAUAAAUGUAUUCCCUCUUUCCCAUUCUCUUCUCCCUGCUGUAUUGCACCAAAAAAAGAUCUAAUGCCCCCACCAAAGUGACACGAAAGUACUAGAAAUGGUGAACUCCUUCUCCUUUAACCACAACAUAUGCAGUGUACAAAUAAAUACAUGUCCUGUUUGCAGGGCCGUCCCUAGCCAUUUGGGUGCCCUAGAUAGCUCCAGGCCUCCCUGCUCCAGGGUCUGGGAGGCAGGAGCUGUGGGGGGGAACUUUUGGGGGCCCCACAGGCCCAGAGUGACCCGGGGGAUUAGCGCUCCGCUUCCUUCACCCUGGCCUCAGCUGUGUCAUUCAGGGGAGGGAGCUUGGGGAAAGGGAUCCCCCCACGCACACUCACCAGUGGCGGGAAGCGGAGCGCCAUAGCUGGGAGCUGGUGGAGUGGAGCAGGCUGGGGCCAGGUGAGUGUGGAGUCGCUGGGAGAAGAGGUGGAAUGGGGGCAGAGCAGGGGGGAAGGGUAAGAGGUGGGGUGGAGUUUUCCAGGGCUCUGCACCCCCCUAGGGACGGUGCUGCCCCUUGCGGUGGGCGCAGCCCACGGCAGGGGCCAGCCAAGGGAUAGGGCUGGUCACUGGGGCUGGUGCUGACGUGUAUGCAGCACCCAGCUGCCUAGGGCACCAUGAGAUUUGGGGCAAUUUGGUGACCCACGCAGCUGUGUAUUCUGCGUAUGCCUAAGGAUGGCCCUGCCUGUCCUCAGACACACAAUAGCAUGGUGUGACGGAGGGCUAGCUGCAGCAUCCUGGUGACUGAAGUUGCUGUGGCACAGAGAUGGGUGCAGGCUUAACUAGAGCCAAUCAACCUGUUUCUGGUGGGGAUUGCUGACACUUGAUAGUAGUUGCUGGGCUAAUGAGACAAUUGGUUCAGUACCUGGGAGGAUAUAUAAUUGGGAGGAACAGGAAGGGGAGGAGAGAAGCUGUGUGGGAAGCGCCUCCUGCUGGAUACCUGCUCUACAUCCUGCCCUGUUUGAAAACAGAGGAUUAAAGGUACAUGUGGUGGAAAAGAAAUAAACUGUGUGUGUGUGUUUGUGACUGAGACCAUGAACACCAGGCUAGGCAGUGCUGCUGCCUGGGUAGCUGAAGAAGCACCCUGUGACACAUGAGUAAUCAUUGAGAAAAAAAUGUUAGUGAGAAGCACAUGUUAUACAUGCUGGCACUAUUUCCUGUACAUUCUUUUUUUUUUGUUCUGAAACUGCUACUUCUGCCAAAAUCUCAGCAAUCUUACUAAAUGUGAAGGAUUCUUUUUCUCGCUGGAGAAGGAGAUUAAGAUAACUGCUGUACUGUGCAUGCUUUUGGUGACAUAUUUCUCUUUUCCUGUAGAGCUAGCAAGUAGCAGCCAAAAGUUGUUCUGAGGUUUUUAGGCCAGUAUAAUGAAUAUUGAAAAGAUUUUCAUUUUCUUGAAGGUUCAUAUAAUGUGUUUAAAGGUUUUAAAAGUUGGAGAGUAAAAGUAAUGAAGAUGCAAGUCCCUUGGUCAUUUAUAAGGAAGAUAUUGCAAAAAAAGGGGGGUACAGUCCUGUUUCCCAUACUUCCUACAUCAGUGCUCCUUUACCAUGAGUUGGAUUACUCUUAUCUGGAAAGGAGCCGGGGAAGCAGUUCACAGAUUACAUUCAGGCCAGAAUUUGAUGGUGCUGAUUUUUUUUUUUUUUUUUUGAGCUGCUUUUAAGAGAUUUUAUCCUUAAUACAGGAGUCAGCCACAGUCCGGGCCUAAACAAUGUUGGAUAAUGCUGUUACGCUAUCUUAAUAUUUUGAUGGUGCUGUAAAGAGGUUAAUGGGUUGGAUAAGACUAUAAUCAGAUUAAAUGCAGUGUUCUGGAGCCCAAGCACAGUGGGAUUUUAUCAGUGAGUGACUGGACGUGUGGUAGAGCUUAAACAUGACGAUGGACUUUAUUAUGAUUUGUCACGCUGAGUAUUGAUCUCAGAGCUGGCCCACAACAUUUUGGCACCUGAGGCGGGGAGCUCAAACGACGCCCCCUCGCUUGGGCCAAAACUUUGAAAGGUCUCAAUUCUGCCUUCUUCCUGUUCUACGCCUCUCAUGGUACUGCUCUGCUACCUACCCCAAUAAAGGAGAACUAACAACUUAAAAUGCCUUUUCAAAAAUUUUAAGUAACACUUAACUUUCAGACGCCUGAACAGCAAAUCUAACUUUUCUUGUCUGCAUAGUAAACGCUGGCAUUUUUAUCUGUUUCAAUAAUCAAAGUGGUGCUUUCUCUGCCUUCUUGGUUGCAAAGACUUGAACUGCUUCCUGAAGGUCCACAGUCUGGGCCAGCUCAUGCUCUGUUGAGAUGCUUGCAAGGCCGACCAGCCUCUCCUGGGUCAUUGUGGAGCGUAGAUGUGUUUUUAUUAACUUCAGCUUGGAGGAGCUGCGGUUCUCCACUGGCAACUGUUACAGGAAGUAUUAGAAGUAUGCGCAGAGCAACAAAAGCAUUUGGAAAGAGGGUGGUCAUCUUAUUUGUGCACAUACAUUUCGGCAGGAUCAACUCCAAAGGCUGUUCUGGAAUAUAUCUUGAAAGGGCUUUCAGUUCAUCACCUAAAUCACUCGCAUCAAUAUCGCGCAUGUCAUCAUGUGUCAACACUGUCUCUAGUGCCCUGCAUUGCUGGUGUAGGUCUUCUUCAGGUAUAGUGAGGAGUUUUGGAAUAUCACACAACAUUCCAAAUAUACUGCUGUGUUCCUUGAGCGGCAUGAAACGUUCUUCAACAGACUGUAUUGCACAAUCUAGCACCUGGUUAAAGAAUUCAACUUUGAACUGUUGUUUAGGGAUUAUCCCAUGCCUCGUAAUCAAAAUGUCGUCUUUUUUGGCGAUUCUUGUAUUCUUGAAUGGGUGGGAACAUAGCUUCAGUGUGCAGUUCCUCUGCCAACUUCUGUGGCCUCUUCAGAACAUUUUCAAAUCCCUCAUCCGACCGGUAAGACUGUAGGUAUGACUUUGCUUUGUCCAGUUGUUCCAUUGUUCCAGAUAUAUCAAGGUCAGCACCUUGGAGUCUCUUGCUUUCAACAUUUAUUUCAAACAGUAUGUCAUGCCACAACACUAAGCCACACAGAAAUUUGAAGUUGUGUGUGUUUCUGGUGAUUCCAUUUCCCUCUGCCACUGUUCUCCCAUGAACAGUUCCUGUCAUAGCAUUAUCUUCCAUAAUGGCAAGUAUGGCAUCAUCUAUCUUCCCAAUUUGGGGUUUGAUAGGCUUUAUCGCCUCCACUCAACUUUCCCAUCUUGUGGCACUCAGUGGUUUCAGUGUCAGAGAGGAUGUUCCCAGAUGUUGCUUCAAAAUUUGCCAUCGAUGAGUUAAUGCAGAGAAAAAUACAUAGAUGCUUUGAAUUACAUUAAAAAAUUCAGCAGCCUCACUAGAAGCUGAUGCUGCAUCACUGACCACCAAGUUCAAUGAAUGAGAACUGCGUGGGACAAAAAAAGCUCAAGGGUUUAACUCUCGGAUCCAUGUCUGCACUCCUCCAUUCUUUCCUCUCAUGUUGGCACCGUUAUCGUAGCCCUGACCUCUGAGGUCAGCUAUCGCAAUUCCCGUACCUUCCAGCUUUUUAAGAAGCACAUUUGUCAUACCAGCUCCUGUAGUAUCAUCAAUGUCAAUAAAUUCUAGAAAAUGCUCUCUGACAGUCACCAUUGCAGGGACAUUUUCACUAGGUUCUGUUGCUGUUACAAAACGCACCAUUAAAGCCAUUUGUUCCGUAUGGCUGAUGUCAGAUGUGCAGUCCAGAAUAACAGAGUAAUAUCUUGCUGACUUCAGAUCUGCCACAAUCUUCUGUUUGACAUUUGUUGCCAGGAACUGUAUGAUCUCAUUUUGAAUUGUUUUUCCAAGGUAGUGGUGAGUGUACAUUUCUUGGGUGGUGACUCUUCUUAGAUGCUCCUGGACUACAGCAUCAAACUCCGCCAUCAGCGCCACAAUUUUAAGGCAGUUUCCAUUGUUUGGCACUUACAGCUGAUCUGAAGUGCCACGCAUUGCUAGGUUUUGGGUUGCAAGAGUUCUCACAAUGGCAAUGAGCCUUUUCAGAACAUUUUGCCAGUAAAGAGACUCUGAUGCAUUCUUCUCUUGAUGCUGAUCGUCUAUGGUGGCCUUUAACCUUAGUCUCAUCUCAUGGUCUUUCCAUCUAUGGAAUGCUCUCUGGUGAUUUGCUGUCUUUUCAUAGCAUGCCAAUUUUUUUAGCCAGACUUUUCCAGUCCUUUGUUCCUAUACAACCUAAUGUGGCUGGAACAUUAGAUUGGAAGAGUUUGCAACAAAAACAGUAUGCAGCAUUCUGGGUUUUUGAGUACAUAAGCCAUGACCUCUCCACUUUGUCACCAUUGAGGAUUUCACACCAGUAAUGUGUUGGAUGGAAACUUCUAUUUUCAUUGUCUUUGGGGAACAUGAAGUUUUUCACUUGCUGUGGCCCAUGCAGUACAAGGAAGUUCCUCGGGCUAUUGCUCAAGUGGAUCCACAGUCCUGGAUCAUCUAGACUUAAGGAACUAAACUCAGCAGCAGUUGUUUCUUGCGCCUUCACCACACUCUUCUCUGGUCUACACUUUUCUUCAGGAAUGUGCAUGGUUACAUCCAUUUGAGAUGGAGACAUGGAUGCUGCAGUAGCUGCCAGGUCACCUGCACUCUGACUAAUGGGAAGAUCAGGCAUCUCCUCACCACUCACAUCCUCACUGGGGCCCGAAGACUCACCGUGAACAUUUGUGUCUAUGUAUCUCAGGAGAGCUCCUUCCUGCUUAGAUAGAAAAGCUUCCUUUGCUUGCUUUCUUUUUCUGAAUGUUGCCCCAGAGGGGUAUUUUCUUCUUUCACUCAUGACUGCAGUUCUGUGCCAGCUAUAGUGGCUCUCAACACUCAAUUGAAGGGAACAAAUAAGCAGGCUGGUCGCAGGGCCUGAGUGAGGGAAGAUAUCAGCAUCUUAACUGGCUCCUACUACUUCAGUGGACUGCCUGUUCUCCUCAAGUGGGUUCAGGGAAGCAACAGGAAACAGGAUGCUCCCUGAGAAGCUGAUGUUAAUCAGUUCAGGCUCCUGGGGGUGCUAGAGAGGUACAUAAGAGGCUCUUCCUCCUCUCGCUCCCUGCAGCUCCUGCUGCUUUCUGUUAUUUCCUUCUCGCCCUUUCUCCUGCCUGCCUGUUGUGCCCUCCUUCCUCCAGCACAGCACUCCACCGUCUCUGCGCAUCUAGAGCGGAGAGAAUACGUAUGCACCAGCAGCAGACACAAUUUUCUGUACUCUGGGUCCUAGUGGCACCCCUCUUCCCCCCACCGCACAGUCUGGCACCUGAGGUGGCUGCCUCAGUUCGCUUCACGGCAAGGCCAGCCCUGAUUGAUCUCAACAUUCAGAAGUACAUGAGUUGACCAAUUACUUUCUAACUCAGGAAUUAACAUGCAUCUGUAUUCUUCCUUCAGAAAAAACAUGACAAAUAUUCAGGCACUCUAUAGGACACACUCGCAUGAUUCACAGCUUUGGCAAGGUUUACUUAACAUAGAGUUUUGUAUGCUCUGUAGCCAAUGUAAUCACCAGCCAUCACGAGGGAACCCCUUCCAACACAGUGUGCUGUUUUGAAAGAAAGAAACUGACCUUUUUAUGACUUUGGCUGCACAUAAUUUGACUGAACAGCAGGGCAGCAGAUGACAGGUUUGUUCCAUUGCUGCAGCUAUCUUUGACCUAGAUUCCUGAAAUUACCCACCAACUCAGAGCUAAUCAAUGAGAACUAAUUGUAGUUACUUGUAGUACAGUGAAAGCUACACAUGAUGUGAAAAUCAAUGUGUUCGUAUGUGUUUGCAUGUGCAAGAAAAUGAACUGUCAUAGGUCAGAUAUUAUAUUUGUUUCGUUGUGAUACUACCAAGUACAGUGUGUGUGUGUGUGUGUGUGUUUGUUUUAAUAAAAACACUUGAAACUGUGCUUUUUCUUGAAAUUGGGUUUUAUGCUGUGCCCAGCUCCUGGCAAAAGGUUCGUUAGUGUCCACCAGUUUGAGUGAAGUGGCCAAAUUUAGGACCUGGCUCUGUAAGGUGUGGCACACCCUCACCUCUUACAGAAGCCAAUGCAAAUUGAGAGUGUCCAGCACUUCGGAGCACUGAGCCCUAGAAAGAGCUUCUCAUUUUGCUAAGGUACUCCGCUGUAAUCUACAAGUAGUCAGCCUGUUUGUAAAUACCCAGACCCACCAUCCCAAAUUAGCUGACAACUAGAAAUAUUUUUUCUGAAGUGUCGUCAUCGUAACCGUCCAACAGGUUUGCCUGAUAUUGUGGUUAUUGCUUUGGGGUUUACCACUUCCUUGAAGGAGAUUGCUUGUAAUGUUGUCUAAAUUGGCACCAUUCACCUGUUCAGAAAGCUGGCCAGAUACAAAUUUCUUUUUUACUGCAAAAGACCUUUGUCUGGCAAAAAAAAAAAAAAAAUCCUUACAAAAAAUAUACAUAAAAAUAGAGCUGGUCAGAAAUUAUUUGACAGCACAUGGAUUCAUCGAAACAAGAAAUUUCCAUGAAAACGUAUCUGUUUCAACAAAACUUGGGUUGGGAAGGUUCCUCAGGUCAAGGAAGGACAAAAGCAAAGAGAGACAGAGAUCAAAAUAGCCAAUAGCCCUAUCGUUAGGGCACUCACCUAAGAUGUGGUUCAAAUCACUGCUCUGCCUAAUUUGCAGUGGAUCUCCCACAUCCCAGGUGAAUGCUCUACCCACUAGGAUGUAGAGUGAGUCUGUCUCUCUCAGAAUAAAUAUGUAAUUAUUUGUACAAAGUGGAACAGUUCCAACAGGAGAGACUAACUCUAUGGCCUGAUGAUGCAGGCACUCUGCCUGAUUCAGAAGAGGGACUUGAACCUGCCUCUUCCACAUCCCAGGUGAGCACCCUAAACACUGAGCUAUUAGGUUUUUUAAUUUGGGGGAGGGAGAGAGGAAGGGAAGUCUCAUUUUAUUUUAUUUUUACAACAACGUGAAGGGUCUAAGUUUUGUUCUGAUGCAGCACAAAAUGAAAUAUUGAAAACUUGAAAUUUUUGUGUAACGGAACCGUUGCUUUUCAGCCAGCCCUAAUAUAAAUGUGUAGUAACCAACUAAUGUGACACUCGCUGAGAAAAUGUGUCUCUGUUGUAACCCCACCAAAGUCAGUAGAUUUAUAUUACAGAUGGAUUUGCUCCAUUGCUUCUAAUGAUGGAACAUGGGGACAGUUCAGAGGUCUAAAGAGCCGUCGUCAUGAUGACAAUAUCAGUUUGCAGGUAAAGCAGUAUUGCUUUGACAGCCUCGUCUCUUUAAUUUUACAGUCUUGGGGAAGUUGCAGACUUCCCCAGAUAAUGCUUUUUUUCCUUAUCUCCAUUUUGUUUAUGAUCUAAUUGCAGCUUUGGAGUCUCUGGCAAAUUUUGAGUUCUGUUUAUUAGCAUUGUAGGAAUUGGCACUUUGGGUUUUAAUUACAAUCUAUAGGGGAGGGAACAUUAUCAUUUUAUAGAAACUGAAAGCUUUCAGAAGUCAAUAAAUUACAUGAAAAUAAUUGAAUGGUGAAGAAGUAUAUAGUUCUUGUGUCUGCCUUUCCCUAGGGGCAACAAUACCCUUCAGAAAUCUUUUCUCAGAAUUUAAAUUUAUUGACUUGGCUAUCUCUCUGAUCAAACAGAGGCAUAAUACUGUACCAGGUAAGUACUCAACCGUCCUGUAUUGAUGCUGUAACAGUAAAGGCAGAGGCCUGGAACGAAGGCUGGUAUGAAGUUCUCAAUGACAUGAGUGAAGUGUGGGAUUCAUAUUGGAUUGGGCCGUUCACAAAUUGUUGUCAAGGGUAGAUUUAUCUAAUUCUAGAGACGGGUGCACUGCUGUUUCAUUCAGACAAAAAAAAAAAAGAAGAAAGUCUGCUUGAGUGAGUAAUCUAGCAACACAGGAUUUGCAAAAUACUUCUCACCACAAUGCAUUGUUGCUUAGCUUCUCUUUUCCCAAGGAAAACAAAUGCAACUGCACACCUCAUGUCCAGACUCUCAACUGAGGAGGAAAGUUCUAAAACUGGACGUGCAUCCUGGUGCAUCUGAACACUUUCUCAUAUGUGACUCUCCAGACAGCCAAACUUAUAAUAAAGAAGUCCCCAUCUUCACCAGCGCUGAUAUGUGAUCCCAUGCAUGGGGAUCAGGUAUUGAAAGAGAAGCUCAUCAAAAUAAGAACUAUGUAAGGAGAGCUUCAAAAUAAUCAUUGGAGAUCUUCGUGAUGAGACAGAAAAGGAAACAGAAACAUGGAGUCACCCUCCACCCCCCUCCAGUGGUGAAACCAACCUUCCAGUGGUGAAGGUAUCUGUGGCAGGAGCUUUUGCAUGCAUUUGCAGAGAGGUGAUGGGAUGAGCGCCACCUGACUGCGAUGUAUUUAGAACAAAAGGCUGAUGGUCAUAUUCUGCUGAGGGCAACUACUUAACACUUCACUGAACCAGUUCCUGAGAUGUGGCCAGGCAAAAUUAAAAAAUGAGGACCCAAGCCAAAGGAGUUUACAUUCUAAAGUUACACGAGAGAUACAACAGACAUGGAGGAUGCGGAGAUAAUGGUGCAUAGCUGGAUACAGCCAGAGAGGGCACAGUGAAUGAGAGCAUCCCAAAAUGUACUGGACACCUCAUAGAACAAACAAAAAUUCCUGUGUCAAAGAGCUUACUAUCUCAUUACAGAUCCUGGAUACGGGAACUCGUCACCACACUGUGACAAAAGCAGACGUUCCUGAUCAUAUCCUUUAUGCUACUGGAACCUGUGUUCUUAUAAUUGGAUCUAUUGGAGUUACCGGAAACCUUUUGGUUUUUUAUGCAUUUUACAGCAACAAGAAACUGAGGACAGCGCCAAACUACUUUAUAAUGAAUUUGGCUGUGAGUGACUUCCUGAUGUCUGCUUCUCAGGCCCCCAUUUGCUUUAUCAACAGUUUGCACAAAGAGUGGAUACUUGGCAAAAUAGGUUGUGACCUGUAUGCUUUUUGCGGGGCGCUCUUUGGAAUAACCUCAAUGAUGACUUUAUUAGCUAUUUCCAUUGAUCGAUACCUUGUGAUCACUAAGCCUCUGCAAUCCAUGCGGUGGACUUCCAAGAAACACACAUCGCAGAUCAUUGUUAUUGUCUGGCUCUACUCGCUGGGAUGGAGCGUGGCUCCACUUCUUGGGUGGAGUUCCUAUGUGCCAGAAGGGUUGAUGAUAUCUUGUACAUGGGACUAUGUAACCUAUUCCCCAGCAAACAGAAGUUACACCAUGAUGUUAUGUUGCUGUGUGUUUUUCAUUCCCCUGGUUAUAAUAUUCCAUUGCUAUUUAUUCAUGUUUCUGGCCGUAAGAAGUACUGGCAGGGAUGUUCAGAAGCUAGGGUCCUAUGGUCAUAAAUCCUACCUCUCACAUUCCAUGAAGAAUGAAUGGAAGCUGGCAAAAAUUGCCUUUGUGGUCAUCAUUGUGUUUGUCUUUUCUUGGUCUCCAUAUGCUUGUGUCACAAUGAUUGCAUGGGCGGGCCAUGGCAACACUCUAACUCCAUAUUCUAAAUCUGUGCCAGCUGUUAUCGCCAAAGCUUCUGCAAUCUACAAUCCUAUCAUCUAUGCAAUAAUUCACCCAAGAUACAGGAAAACCAUUCGCAGUGCUGUACCCUGCUUGCGAUUUUUCAUACGGAUAUCAAAGAGCGAUCUCUCAUCAGGUUCUAUAAAUGAAUCAUCAUUCAGGUCCUCUGUUUCCAGUCGUCGCUCCUUUGCCUCCAGGAACAAGAGUAGCUGUGUUUCAUCAGUUUCCACUGGAGAAGCAGCUUGGAGUGACGUAGAGCUUGAGCCAGUGGAGCCAGUUCAUAAGAAACUGCAGCCUUCCAGGAGUAACUCUUUUUCAUCAUGUCCGAGACAGGAGGAGAAGAGGGAACUGCUUCUGAAGUCACACAGCUUCAAUGCAAUAACUGAAGAAAAGGUUUUGCUCUCCUCCAGCUACCUGCAGAAGCUGCUUGGGAGGUCAGUCCUACAGAAUUCCACUAAAGCACUUGUGACCAGUUCCUUAAAAGCAGCUUCUCUUCCCGUUGGCUUGAACAGCAUCAGCAAAGGAAGAGGCUCAGAUACCUCACAAGGGAAAACUCAAAUAAACAGAGGCCUGGACUCCAUCAUUAGUACUGCAAUCCCACGUAUCAUUGUUAUUCCUACUUCCGAGACCAACCUCGUUGAAGGACAAGAAGAACAUGAAAAUGGAGAGGCAGAAGAGACUGAUUUAUUCCACCUUCAUGGCAAGAAUAAUUUGUUGGACAUAGACGGGCUUAACUCUUCCACAGAUUUCCUUGAAGCAUUUGAGAAGUUUCUGUCAUAAGUGUAAAAAAGAAAACUUUCUGUUCAUUGUUUUCUUGGCUGCUUCUCCACAUUAUUAUACCAAAUAACUAAAACCUUCCAGAUUAAAUCUUCAGACUUUUUGUUUAUUCGUUUUAUAGUCACUAGGCAGUCUUUGAAUCUAUCUUUGUUCAGACCUCUUCAGACACUGAAACAGCCUUUUAGAUGGUGCUGCUAAAAUGAUCAGUGGAAUAUCUCGCAGCAAACUAGAAUGGCGUAUUUCAAGUCAACCAGUUGCUUCAUGAUUUUUGAACAUAGAUGGGUGGAUGCCAGCAAAGAAAUAUCUAGCACCCAAUGAAUACUUCUCCUACCUGGGUGCCCAGGAUGCAGUUUCAUGAUUCAACGUCCUUCCAAGUACUAUUCUCUCUAGAAGGCAGUAGUUUCUGGAAUGUCAUCACAGGACAAGCUAUGUAGUGACUGCAUACACCAAAAUUUGUUCUUGACAGUAUGGACUUCAGAAGUAGUACUGCCCAAAAUUAUGGCAAACUUUACAGCAGCACCCACCGAGCUGGUGAGUAAUGUGGACACCCUGUACCAGUCUCUCUUGCAAGUCUUGAUACAACCUCAUAAUCAGAAGCACCUUCAUCUUUUUAUCAAGUCUUUUUUUUUUCUAGUAGGAAGUUUCCUGUAAUAGCUAGAUGAAUGGAUCGUUCACGACAAAAGUGAUUAUUUGUUUAGAAGAUAAUAAGGGUAAGAAAGAGGGGCUUAGAUUUGAACUAAGUGCUAGGGCAGCCACCAGGCCCAUUUAACAGAUUACGGACAGGAUUAGAGCUGUUAUACUGCCCCCAAAACAAAUCUUAAAGGCAUUUUAGAGUAUCUUGGGGUGCACAGUAUUGUUUAAGCAUGUGUGGACUGUAAUGACUCUUAUUCAAAGGGUGGAUUCUCACAAUUGGCUUCUCUCAUUGAUGAAAAUAAAACACCAACUACUACAGUUCAGUUUUCUUGUUUGUGGGAUACAAAGGGGGGGGGGCGGGGGAAGGCAGGUAUUAAGAGCUUUUUAUCCUCUGAGCUGCCAGUGAGAAAAAGAAUGGGGAUACAUAAACUUUACUGUGAGGGACCAGCCUUCCAAAGUACCUCAGAUGGACUUCUGACCCCAGCCUGAAGAAAAGCUCUGUGUAGCUCGAGAGCACGUCUCUCUCACCAACAGAAGUUGGUCCAAUAAAAGAUAUUACCUCAC